AUGUCUACUGAAACAACCAAAACUGUUACUCCUAUAGCGGAUCUAAAUAAACUACCUAUUACUGAAGGUGCUUCUCCGAUGACUCCUGAUCAAGCAAAGGGCUCCUUUUGGUCCUCUAACCCUAUUUCUAGUUUUAUUAUCGACGGUUACAAACAAUUACAUUCUCAUAGAGAAUCUUUAUCUCUUGUUAAUCCAGGUACCGUUGAAAACUUAAACAAAGAAGUCUCAAGAGAUGUAUUUUUAUCUCAAUAUUUCUUCACUGGUUUAAGAGCCGAUUUAAACAAAGCUUUCUCCUUAAACCCAGCUUUCCAAACUUCCCAUACUUUUUCUAUUGGUUCAACUUCUUUACCCAACUAUGCUUUCAGUGCUUUAUUUGCUGAUGAUAAUUUGUUUGUUCAAGGUAAUUUGGACAAUGAUUUAUCAUUAUCGGGUAGAUUAAACUAUGGUUGGGAUAAAAAUAAUAUUUCCAAAGUUAAUCUACAAAUUGCUAAUGGUCAACCUUCUAUGUGUCAAUUGGAACAAGAUUACCAAGCUUCAGAUUUCUCAUUGAAUUUUAAGACUUUGAACCCAUCUUUCUCUUUCACUAAAGAUAACUCAUUAAUCCCAGAUUUUGCUGGUGUUGCCGUUGGUUCUAUCUUGCAAAGUAUUACUCCACAAUUAUCCCUAGGUCUGGAAUUAUUAUACUCCAAGAGUCAAGCUACUAGUCCAGCUGAUGCAGGUGUCUCUUAUUUAACUAGAUACGUAUCCAAGAAGCAAGAUUGGAUAUUCUCUGGUCAAUUGCAAGCUAACGGUGCUCUAGUAUCUUCUUUCUGGAGAAAAAUCACACCAAAUGUCGAAGCUGGUAUUGAAACUUCUCUACAAGCUGGUAUGAUCCCAAUUACGGACCCUGUACUUGGUACUCCAAUUGGUAUUCAACCAACUAUCGAAGGUUCUACUACUGUUGGUGCUAAGUAUGAAUAUAGACAAUCCGUAUACCGUGGUACUGUCGAUUCAACCGGUAAAGUUGCAUGUUUCUUAGAAAGAAAGGUUUUACCAACUUUGUCUAUAUUAUUCUGUGGUGAAAUCGAUCAUGCAAAGAAUGAAAGUAAAUUAGGUUGUGGUCUACAAUUUGAAACUGCUGGUAACCAAGAACUUCUAAUGAUGCAACAAGGUCUUGAUGCUGAAGGUAACCCACUACAAGCACCACCAGCUUAA